AUGACACCGUUGUGGAACCAGCGACCAGGGCGAGAUCCACCAAAACCUCGAUGGGGACGAGAUCAAAGGAUUAAACUGCCUAAAUGCCCAAAUGCUACCCCCCAGCAACCUCUGCCCUCUUAUCUACCCAGAAUAAGAACCCGAAUGCCCCCCACAGACUUUAGGCCUUUAGAAAGCUCAGUUAUGGGGGUGUGUCACUGGGAGGAAACUGGAGUACCAAGGGCGAGUGGCUACCAUGCCAGGCAUGCAGAAGCAAGCCCAGUGCGCCCACGAAUCGUGACCGUGGUACGGCCAUGUGGACAGGACAGUGUACGUAAAAUCUCACUGCUAUUAAACCGGCGUGCUGUGCAGAAUUUUGAGCAGCUACUGGCGGAUGUUUCUGAAGCACUCGGCUUCCCUUGCUGGAACAACGCUCGGAUAAGGCGCCUCUUCAGCCCUGCUGGCCGAGAGAUCCACAGUCUUGCAGAUUUCUUCCGCUUUGAUCAUGCAUUCCUGGCCUUUGGAAACAGCCGACCAUCACUUGAUGAGAUUCAUGGCGCACUGGAUGAGUUAUAUCCUGAAAACCCUGGCUACUGUGAACAUCUCUUGAGGAUAUGGGAGCGUAUCCUGAGACCCAAGACCACCAAGGCAGAUAGUGGUUUCCAUGAUGAUGAUCCUGUGGCUGAGUUAUCUCUACCUGCUGUAGCUGAUCAACCGGUAAACCAACUGGUAGCCAACAAUUUGCAGCCUGUCGGAGUAAAAGAAAGGCCUAGAGAAAAGGCUAAGAGAGAGAGACAAAGGGCAGAAAGAGAGCUGUGGAGGAGGAAAGGUGAGCUGCAGAAGGAAAACGAGAAGGAGCCAAAGAAGGACGAGAGAAAGAGAGAACCUGUUUACUGCAGGAGCUGUCGAGGAUGUGGCCCACUUUUACCUCCAAUCAAAAGCAAAAUAUGUUCUCAAUCAGACAGGCUAAAUAAGCAUAGUAAUGAAAGUUCUACUUCUCAGAACAUCAGGACUCCUUCAGAAAACUCACCAAAUAGACCGCUGAAAGACAAGCAUGUUGCCAAUAAAAACUCUAGCCCAAUUAAGGACUUGCAGGGUAAUCUACCACCUGAUGGUGCUGAAGUGUCUCUGGAGGACAUUGAGCGUUGCUACAACAUGGGCCGUGUGGUAGGAGAUGGGAACUUUGCGGUGGUAAGGGAGUGCCGUGUUCAUGGCCUGACUGAAGCUUUUGCUAUGAAGAUUGUGGACAAUGCUAAGCUGCAGGGACGUGGCCACAUGAUCCAGAAUGAGAUUACUCUGCUACGCAGUCUGGAACAUCCUCGCCUCAUCCAGUUGUUUCGUUCGCAUCACACAGACAAACAUGUUUACCUGCUGAUGGAGCUGGUAAAUGGUGGAGACCUAUUUGAUGCUAUCUCUCAGAGCGGCAGGUUUAGUGAGACAAGUGCUGCUUGCAUGAUCAGGGACAUCAGCCAGGCUCUGGAAUAUAUCCACAACAAGUGCAUUGCACAUAGAGACAUCAAACCUGAAAACCUAUUGGUCCAGCGCCAUGGCAAUGGCAGUAUGAAUCUGAAGUUGGCUGAUUUUGGAUUAGCCAUGGUAAUAACAGAGCCAGUGUUUACAGUUUGUGGCACACCUACAUAUGUUGCUCCAGAGAUACUUGCUGAGAUAGGUUAUGGCAUUGCAGUAGACGUCUGGGCAAUGGGUGUUAUCCUGUUUGUGCUGUUGAGUGGGUUUCCCCCAUUUUGCAGUCCAGAUCGUAACCAAGAGGAACUGUUCCGUCUCAUCCAGAGGGGAGAGGUCCACUUUCUGACCCCUUACUGGGACAAUGUGUCUGAGGCGGCUAAAGCCCUUGUCAGGGCUCUGCUGGAGGUAGACCCUACAAGGCGAUUGACAGCUAGUCAAACUCUGCAACAUGACUGGCUUCUACAUGUAACAUCGCAAAAGGGCCAUAAGGGAACAACAAAGGCUACUGACCCAAAUACUGAGCGGCACAAUCAGCAAAACCUAAGUAGCCCAGAGGAAAGUGGCAUCAAGGAUACUCACAAACCACAAAUAAUGACAGAGAAAUAUACUGCAGUACAAAUCAACGAUACCAAAAUGAACAAUAAAUGUAAACCAGAUAUUAACGCACAAGACAGAGACCAGCAGACUCAAGAGAGCCAUAAAAUGACAAGUGACAAACCAAAUUCUUCCCAUAACAAAGACAACACCACGACCAGACAAUAUCCCACAGAUCAGCCCAGACCUGAGAGACCAGCAAAGUCAGAAGAAACUGACACAAAACAAGAGUGA